AUGCGCAUCUCCAAUAUGCGUCUCCCCAACAGUCUGCGCAACUUGAGCGUGCGCAUGUCUCAAAUCCGAAUCCCCCAUCCUCACCCGAGGCGCGUCAUGCUUUACGCCAUGAUAACCACCAUCAUUGUCCUUAUGAUCGUCACCUUCUCGCUGGAAAGAAAUGGCUUCUUCGGCCCAGCCCCCACCGGCUACGACCCUCUCCUCUCCCGAACCAACGACUACCGUCUCCUCACGAGCCGACGGAAUAACCUGGGCUUUUACAAUACCAUCAAUGUUAAGAAGACGGGCCAGAAGAUCAUGAAUCCCACUCUUCUCGAAUUGCCAAAGGGCAGUAAGCAUGACUUCCUCGUCAUUGCCCGCGCGCCGCACGUCGACCAGGAUAUCAAGGGUAAGAAGUACAGACGGGCUCAGCAGGUCGCCACAUUUGUUAGCCUCACCUGGGAUUCAUUCGGCCGGCCCGAGCUCACUGCGGACAACGAUUGGCACAAGAUGCUCGUGGAGGACUUCACCGAGAAGCAAGGCCCCGAACACCACUGCAAGAGGCAGCCCGACAUGGAUAAAUACAUUGGUCCCGAAGACAUGAAGCUGUUCUGGAGGAAGAACGGUACCCCCAUGCUCAUCUUCACCCACCAGGUCGACGACGAUAACCUCUGCGAAGGCAUGUACAUCGUCGACGCCCGCGCAGCUGUCCCCGAGCUCGUCAAGCAAAUGGGCAAGCACGCCAAAGAACUCCCGCCCAUCGAAUUCACCGAACCCAAGCUCCUCCGUCGCCAACCCCCCGAAGGCGAAGAGGAGGACGCCCGGUACCAGCGCGAGAAGAACUGGGCCCCCGUCUACUCCCCCUUCACCGCCGACGACGACGAGAUGAUGUUCAUGGUGGAGCCCAGUCAGCUGUACCGCUUCAACUCGACCGAAGAGCCCGUCAUGGACAUGGAGGCCGAACACGAAUCCGCCGUCGACGAGCCCUUCCCUCCCGACAACGAGGCCAAGACGUGGCACUCGGCCGAGAAGACGUGCAUGAACGACGUGAUGCUCACCGACAAGCGCGUGCACCAAUCGACGCCCAUGCUCAGCCUCACGCUUUGCAACCGCGGGGCCUGCGAGCCCAUGGAGAACAACACCAUCAUAAUGGGAAUGGUGCAGAUGCGCUACGACCCGCCCCAGUACACGAACACGUGGUACGACCACCGCAUCGUUGUCUACUCGCCCGUCGCGCCCUUCCACAUGAUGAGCAUCAGCAAGAAGCUCACGUACCACGGCGAGACCAACAGCAAGUACAUCUGGACGGGCAGCAUGGUCUACCACGGAGAUCAGCCCAAGCAGCGCAGCCACGGCUUUCUCGACGACGAGAUCUGGCUGAGCUUCGGCAUCGGCGAUUCCUCUCCUGGAUGGCUGGACAUAAAGGCGGAGGAGCUGGUGCUGGAUCAUUACUUCUGCCAGGGCGCAACGCACGGGUAUCGGAGCAGCAUCACAAAGCAUGCAUCAUGA